GUUGCUGCUGUGGAACACUGGGUCUGGAGGCGUCCAUUGAACAGAACGUUUCUGUAAGAGUGUCAGAGGCCAAGAGGAUCAAAGGAACUGUGUCUUCUCAGAAGAGCCACCCUUGUGAGAAUUGUGGUGCGGUCUUGAGGGACAUUUUCCAGUUUGUUGAGCACCAGGGAACACAACACAGUUCGAAAUUCUUGAGGUGUGGGGCGUGUGCAAAACCAUUUUAUUUCAGUGCAAAGUCGCACCAGCACCAUGGGCAGGACAUGAGAGCAGAGAGUUUGAUAAGAGGUAUGAACGAGGGCUCUGUUGUGAAGAGCAGCACAGUCAGUGUGUCCCAGAAGCUUUUUACCGGUCAGAAGGUUGGACACAGCAUCCUUACUGCCUCAAGACAACUUCAGAAACAGGCUCCUCUUACCAGGGACAAACCAAGUGAACUCUCCUUGUCUGGGGUAACAUUUCAAAACGGGGAGAAAUUCCUUUGCCAGAAAGAAUCUAAAAAAGCCAUUGGCUGCAACGACACGCUUGUUCCAGACCGAGCUGUCCGUACUGGAAGGCAGCGUGUUGUGAGCCCUGAAAGUAAAAACUGUUUUAAAGGAAUCUCUGACCUUCGUGAUCAUCAGAAAGUCCACUCGUUGGAAAAGCCAUAUGAAUGCAGUGAGUGCGGGAAAUGUUUUAGGUAUCGGUCGAACCUUAUCCAACACAGUCGAGUUCAUGCUGGAGAUAAGCCUUAUGACUGUGGUGAAUGUGGGAAAUUCUUUAGCCAAAGGUCCAGCCUCAUUCAACACCAGAGAAUUCACACUGAACAAAAGCCAUAUGAGUGUAGUGAAUGUGGGAAAUAUUUUACCAGAAUGUAUAGCCUUCAUCUUCAUAAAAGAGUUCACUCUGAUGAAAGGCCUUAUGGGUGCACUGAAUGUGGGAAAUCUUUUGCCAGAAUAUCCAACCUUCGCCGUCAUCAGAGAGUUCACACGGGAGAAAGGCCAUAUGAGUGCAGUGAAUGUGGGAGAACUUUUUGCAGUGCCUCUGGACUGAAUUAUCAUCAGAGAGUUCACCCUGGGGAAAGACCUUAUGAGUGCACAGAUUGUGGGAAAUCAUUUACCGGUAGAUCUGGACUCCAGUGUCAUCAGAGUGUUCACACUGGGGAACGGCCAUAUGAGUGCAGGGAAUGUGGGAAAUAUUUUACCAGAAUAUCCAACCUUCGUCGUCAUAAGAGAGUUCACACUGGAGAAAGGCCAUAUGAGUGCAAUGCAUGUGGAAGAACGUUUCGCAGUGCCUCUGGACUGAAUUAUCAUCAGAGCAUUCACAGUGGGGAAAGACAUGAGUGCGCAG